CGUGUGAAUUUCGCAGGCACCGCAUGACGUCAAAACAACCAACAUGGCAGCCUCCAUGUUUCAGCGAAAUAUACCAGUUUUUAAACAAAAUGUUUCAGCAGCAUUUGGAAACAGCAGUCUUGUUGUAAAGACAAUUGCAGUUCUCGUUUGUUUUGGCUACUUUCUUUCGUUCAUUCCCGGUGGAACGCCUUACAUUACGGUUACACCAGGGUACGUCCUGCCCCCUAAUUUCUGGAUUUGGACAUAUUUGACCCACAGCUUCAUAGAAUUCCAUUUUUGGGACGUUUUAGCAGACGUGUUAGUGGUGAUUUUAUGUGGCAAACUACUGGAACCAUUAUGGGGUGCAAUGGACAUGUUAAUUUUCUUUUUGAUUACAAAUUUUUGCGUUGCCAUAGUAACUUCAUUUACCUAUCUAGUGAUAUAUUUAGCGACUAAAAAUGAGGAGUACUUGUUUGAAACGUAUAUUCACGGCCUUGCAGGAUAUAUUGCGGGAUUCUCAGUCGCUGUAAAGCAGGUAAUGCCAGACCAUGUUCUGAUAGCCUCCCCAUUUGGCAAACUGCGAAAUACACACAUUCCAUUGAUUCUGGUAACGGUGGUGAUCACGUUGAGGCUACUGGGUGCUUUGGACGGGCCAUACCCUUUUAUGUUCACAUGGGGUGUUGUCAUCAGUUGGAUUUACCUAAGGUUCUAUCAAAAGCACACUAAUGGCAAUAGAGGUGAUAUGGCAGACAAUUUCAGCUUCGCCAGCUUUUUCCCCAGCCAGAUGCAGCCAGUUGUUGCAGUGUUGUCAAACUCUGUGUUCUCUAUAUUUGUCAAAUUAAAGAUCUGCAAGAAACCCCAGCGACAUUAUGAUGUCAGUUCCCCGACAACAAUUACAAUAACUCUGCCUGGUACAGAUCCCCAGGACGCUGAGAGGAGAAAAAACUUGGCCAUAAAAGCCUUGAACGAGCGGUUAAGUAAAGCCAGUGAACCGCAAACAAGUUGGCCAUCAUUAGACGAAGACGAGGAAAAAUCGGGCGAUAAAAAUCAAUCGUCGGGAGACAGUCCGUCGUCAUCAUCUCCGCAGAACGAAAGCUCAGCAUAGAUUUAAUAGCAGCACAGUUGACAUGUGUAUAUUCAGCAUAACUUUACGGACGUGCUCAGCAUAAAAAAAUUCACAGCUACCGUCAACAUGGCUUUUAUAGCAUAAAAUUUAAAAGCUGUCCUCAUGGCUUUAACAGCAGAAAUAUGUAUAGUUGUGCGGAGUGCUUUGCAUAAAUUUACAGCUGUAGUGUUACAUUUAAAAAAAAAACACGUGACAAAAACAACUUUUUUCUGUGAUACUCGGAAGGACAGUAAGGAAGGCCCAGGCAGAGGGCUUGGUACAUUCUCAUUUAAUGUAAAUGUAAUACCUUUGUUCUCUAUUCUGUAAUUGUUUAAAAGCAGCACGCUUCCAGAUUUUUGUCGAUUUUAUUUAUUUAUUUUUUUUUUUGUUGAAAACUUUUUUUUUAUUUUGAUUGGGAAUUUUCUAGUGGAAAUUUGAAGAGAAAAAAAAACAUGUUAAGCGACACUCUUGGACUUUGUUCAACAGUUUUUGAAAGCAAGCAUUAUUGAGCAAUGAGGGUAAAGUUUUAUUGCUUAAGGAAACAAGUGGCUUGCCUCUGCUGUGGUAUGAACUUGUUGGUAGCAAUCCUUGGAUUGCUGGUAGGACAUGUUAACCACAGGUGCCAUGCAGCCAGUUCAGUUAGCUAUUUUUAUCACAAUAACUCUACACCAUUAUAAUCAGAUUUUGCUGGUUUUGGUGGUUUUUGCUGGUUUGAAUACAUUUCAGGUAAUGUGCAAGUUAGUUGUGCCAAUGCUAGCCCCCUAUCCUACUGGUAGCUGUGUUUACUUGAAUAUAAUUUAUUCAACUUACUCAUAUGUUACACAGUUGUGAUAUCAGCAAGGGUGGCCUUCAACUUCACCUCAAUGGCAGAGUGAUUACGGUUUUUGGCUUGCCCUUCUCUCCUGUGGGUUCGAACUCCAUCUGGGACUUCGGAUUCUUUCAUUUGAGGAAGCUAUCUCGGCUAGCUAACAGAAGGUGGCUAGAACUACUCAGGUGCCUGCUUGUGCCUGAAAUAAUGCAUGAAAAACUAAUAUCCAAACAAACAAUCAUCAUAUACAAUGCAGAUACAGGGUUUGUUUUUCUUUCUAUAGCAGUGGCCGUUAUAGGGCUGCUUCCUCAAAGAAAAAUUCUUUAAAAUCAUGCAGUUUUCCCCCAAAAUUGAAUUUACAUCAAGUUUUUUUCUUCCCCUUUUGCAAAUAUACCUAGUAUUUUUUCCACAAAACUAAGGGCAGGGCUGCUUUCCCAACCUGUGAUAAAAAGCCCCUGAGAUACAUCUAUAGUAACAUCCUCCCCUGCCAAAAAUUUUCUAUAUAAUGAUGAUUUAAAUGAAUAGUCAGAUAUUAUUAUAGCACCAAUAUGUAAAAGUUUUAUUUCAGUUUUCAUCAGGACUAUAGAAUUAUGAGAGAUUUUUAUCUUAUCUUAAACAUAUGAUAUAUGAUUAUCAGAUAUACUUGUAUGGACCCACAAAAUGGCAGCCAGGGGAGGUAAUAACUGCUAUGUGAAAUGCAUCUAUUUGUUUGCAAUUAGAAAAUACUCAUUGUAGUAAAACUUUUCUGUUUCAAUAACAUACCAGUGAUCUAACAGAUGUUGUACAACAUUUAAAACAGAUGUUUAUACAUAUAUAACAGCUGUAUAUAUAUAGAGGAUAUUGAAUAAGUGUAGGUUCAAUACUGAAUUUAUUGAACAAGUUGAAUAAAAUAAUAUUUUGCAAGCCUCUGGCGAUCAUAAUAUUUUUUUAUUCAACAAGUUCAAUAAAUAGAGGAUAAUGAAUGAGUGUAAGUUUAAUACUGAAUUUAUUGAACAAGUUGAAUAAAACUAUAUUAUGUGAGCCUGUACAAGGAUAUAAUAUUCUGUUUAUCACAUAUCCAAAAUAAAACUGUUAACAGCAAUUAGUGAAAUCAUUUUUUCAUUGACGGGUUUAAAGUGUGACGCUAACAUUUAGUGCGUCUUUACGCUAUGUUUGUAUAAUGCAAAUAACGUCAGGUCAAAAGAUAUGCAUGGCCAAGCAAUACCAUACUGGUUUUCAAAAGCGGCACGGGUAUGUAAUAAACAUGACAACAUGGUUCAGCGCACACCUGGUUUGAUGAAAAAGAUACGUGUUGCUGUAUUCUCCAGUUGCUUGUCCAGUUACCUUAUGUCCCAGGUGUGUGAGAGUGUUGCUUUAAAACUAUGAUUAAAUUAUCAUAAAGAUCACGUCAAUCUGGAUGCAUGCUGCUUUAAAUGUAUGUUUAUAAUAUGUACAGUAGGUAUACGUUAUUACUUUGUUAAAAUGUUAUGUAUGAAAAUAUAGUAUAAUAUUAUAUAUAUAUGUUACUGGUAUAUUUAUGUUCAUGUAAAAUAAAAACUGUUAAUCCUUCAAUGGUAUACAAGGCAAAAUUUGUACACAUGUAUCCUGAUAUAAUUCUUAAAGGGACUCCACUGACGUUUUUUGACAUCACAGGACAGGUACAUCUAUCUAAUAUAUUUUUGAAAUUAAUGUUCCAUUUAAUGUAGGUCGAACCAAUAUUUUUGUGCAAAAUUUCAAAUCAUUCACUCACUCCGUCUCCACAGAAUUAUUAUUCUAAUUAUAAGAAAUGACCGAAAAUUGAAAAGAGUUGCAAUGCUUUUCACUCAAAUCGGGAUAAGAAUAGCAUAAACAAGUGAUUUUUUCAAGUAUAUUUCAGAAUUACAUAUAUCUUUAAAAUAUGCAUAUCUUUCUAUUCUAAGUCCCGUAAUUGACAUGUGGAAGAAAUUGAAAUUUUAUGUUUUUAGGCUUUUAGACCUCAGUGGAGUUCCUUUAACCCUUUUGUUUUCCCUAAUGGAUGAGACUUACUUACACUUUUGGAACUGUCCAUUGUCAAUUUUGGGUGUAUAUUUUGGUUAAAAUUAUGUAACUCCAUCUUUAAUUUGGAACAGUCCAUGUAAUGUUUUUAGGGAUUUUAAACUAGAAAAAAAUUAGAAUAGCCGUGUGUGGUGUCAAAUGGAUGGCUCUUGUUUGAAUUGCUACUUGGGGAGAGACCAUGUGUCUUAAUACAUUUGUACCUACAUGUUAACAUGCAGUGGGGGCGUCCGUGGCUGAGUGGUUAAAGUCGUUGACUUCAAACCACUUGCCCCUCACCGCUGUGGGUUCGAAUCCGGACAGGGACUUUGGAUUCUUUCAUGUGAGGAAGCUAUCCAGCUAGCUUACAGAACGUCGGUGGUUCUACUCGGGUGCCUGUUCGUGCCUGAAAUAAUGCACGGAAGGGCACCUGAGGUCUUCCUGCACCAGUAAAGCUGGAAUGCCGCGAUAUGACGUUGAUAUGACGUAAAACAAAAAAAACAAUCAAACUAACAUGCAGUGGUAGGUUUGAGAAAGAUGACUUGGAAGUGAUUGAUAUAAUUUUCAAGAACUUGGUUUCACAAUAAUUAUGCUUAAAAAAUAUAUAUGAGCCGUGUCACGACAAAACCAACAUAGUGUGUUUGCGACCAGCAUGGAUUGGAACAGCCUGCGCAUCUGCACAGUCUGAUCAGGAUCCAUGCUGUUCGCUUACCAACUCUAUUACAAGUUGAGAAACUGAUAGCAAACAGCAUGGAUCCUGAUCAGACUGCGCGGAUGCGCAGACUAGUCUGGAUCCAUGCUGGUCUCAAACCCACUAUGUUGGUUUUGUAGUGACGCGGCUCAUAUAUAUUUACAAGUUAUAAAAAUAUAACUUAGAAAUAUAUUUAUCGUAAUUUUUCUUGUACCACUUCUUAGUUUCAUUCACUGCCUAUUGCUCUUGUUUUAAAAAAUUUAAAACUAUUUAAUUGGAGCUUUGUAUAUUAAUCAAUUACUCUAAAAUUAAAUAUUUUAUUAUUUGAGCUGUUAGUAAAAUUAAUUAUCAAUUAAAUAUUAGAUUUUUUUGCAGUCGCUGUUUUUUUUAUAGAAAAAAUCAUGCUACAUUAAGUCAUUGUUUAGGUUAUCACUAAGCAGGAUGCUGAUUGGUCACUUUGAAGAUUUGUUUUCAGACGGACCAAUCAGAAGGCUUCUUUUAAAUUCUUCACAUAUCAUUGAUUGAUUCAAUUUGUAAAGAAUUGUUGAUAAAUUUGCGAAAAAAACAAAAAACAACUUGUAACAUAUGGGGCAUAAUUUGUUCAAAUGUAUGGUGUUUUAUUGAUAUGUUAUGUUAAAGGCACAUUAUGUGUCUGAAAUCAAUAAUUUUAUAAUAAUUUUUAUAGUUUAAAUAUGUGUUUAAUUAUGUAUUAAUAAUGGAUUUUGAGCAUGUUAAAUUACUAAAGAACAUAUUGCGAAAGUACAGUAAUGUGUCGUAAAUGUGGUAAAAAUGUAAACAAAGUAGUAUUUUGACUUCCAUACAAAAUGCUAAAUGACUGUAGUUAUACCACUUUCCAAAGAGCAAAAGAUUUUUAUCUAAAUAGCACUUAAGUAGCUUUUUGAAAACUGUAACAGGAUACAAAACAGAAAUAAAAACUAUUGCAUUUCAGGGGCUUAAUGGGCCUUUAAGCUAUAUAUGUAAAUAGUGUUUUAUACCAUAAAUAAUGUAUGUUAAAAGUGCAUUAAAUAUAUAUUAUGUUUUUUGUUUAAAUUUUUGGAUACUGAUUCACCUAUGAAAAUACAAAUGUAGAAAGUUUAUAAACUAUAAAAUCAGAAUUUUUUUUUUACGAGGGAUAAAUAUUUUCGUUGGUUCUUAAAUUUGUGGACUGUGUAUUUUUUCAGAAGGGUAAAAUGUAAGAAAUAUGAAGCAAAAUAAUCUAACAGCAGACGUAAUAAAAUUUUUGUUGCAUCUUUAAUUCUUGGAUUGACUUAUUCAUGGAUCAAUCAUGAAAACCAUGAAAAUGAGGCCCCGAGAAUGAUAAUGUCAAUGAUUUUGCAGUAUCUGGAGAAAAGAAUCAUUAAGACCUAUUUUGGCCAAGUGUGUGUCACUUUCCAAUAAAAUUGAUUAAGAUAUUGACAGUUUUCUCCAUUAAAAAUCUUGGCAACUUAGAACUCUGGCUUUUCUGUUCAAUUAGGGUAAAAUAGAAUAUUUGAGUUGGAUUUUCUCCUGACUUUGCCCUGAGUGUGUUGUAGUCCCAGUUUUGUUAAGUAAGCAUUUACCUAUAAUUUACUUUUCAUGUUUUAUUUUUGGAAUUUAGGAUGAAAUAAAUUUGGAAGGGUAUAUUUUAGUGGUGGGGUUAGGGCGAGAGGGAAAGAACCAAAACUACAUGUAUUUAAAUUGUGCUCCAUUUAUGGCCUUGAAGAAUUACCCAACAUAAGGCUGGGAGAAGACACUUACACAUUUUGUAGCUUGUUCAAGUGUCACGUUUUCGUAAUACUGUAGAACUUCGGUAGGUUGAAUUUGAAGGGACUUGGUUAAAAACUAAGACACAUGUAUGUCUCGACCCGUGAAUGAGUCUCAAUUAAAUGACAAUAUUUCGUAUUUUCAUUGUGAGAAUAUAUAUCAAAAGUACAUACAUGUAUUCAUGUAUAUUGUUUCAAUAUUUAUCACUCAAACAAAGAUUUUGUGCAUUACAUUUCAGUGCAUUAGAUUGAAAGUUGUCAAAUACAAUGCCUAAAUUCUAUUUUGUUGUUUUGGUUUCUUUAGAUUAUAACAUGGGAUAAGUGAAUAAUUGUUUUACUCAUGAUACAGAGUGAGUAAAUCAAAAGUACAUGUUCAUGUAUAUCGUUCCUGUUUUUAUCACUCAAACAAAAGGUUUUGUGCAUUAUGAUUUCAGUGCAUUAGAAUUUUGUGCAUCCAUUUAUGUGUCUUCCUAUUUAAUCUUUAAUUUAUUUAAUAAUCAAAUUAACAUUAUAAUUAUAGUUAAGUAGUCAUGAUUAUGUUGAUGAAAUGGAUUGUCAUCAGCUAAUAAUUUAUUGUUGUUACUGGUUACUCUGCAAAUGGGUUUUUUUGCAGGCUAAUCCUUCAGUACAAACAAACUUUUCAUUGAGCACUUUUGUUCGCAAUAGAUUAGUUAACCUUCUUAGAUUUGAAGUUGUUUCGACCCCCAA